GCGGUCGCGGCGCUGCCGGCCUCGGAGCUCCGCGCCGCCGCCGGGCACCCGGUGCGGGCCCUGCGCCGGGCGCAGGCCGCGGCCUUCGGGGGGUCGGCGUGGGUGUGCGCCGCGGUGGCGGAGAGCCGGCUCGGGGCGCGCCUGGGCACCCAGGAGCAGGAGGCGUUCGCGCUGUCCGCCCUCCGCUGGGUGUGCCAGCAGCAGGACGAGCUGCAGGACCCCCGGAGGGUGACCAUGGUCGUGGACGGCAUGGCCGAGAUGCACGAUGCCGACAGCAGCUUCGCGUGCGCCGGCAAGACGGCGAAGUCGAUGCUCCGCGCCGUGGAGGCAUACCGUCAGACGACCAUCACCUUUGCAGGAGAUGAGCAGUUCGAUGUCAACGUGGACGGAAUCAAAGGGUUGUUCCGGGACGACGCGACCAUACCCGCAGGAGUUCAGAUCUUCGUGCCGUACGAUCAGACGUACGAGCUGAGCGUGCAAACAAAGCCGGCCACCAUACGCAUUGCGGAGCGUGGCGGCGGCUUGUCCCUGGACCGCCUCAUCUAUGAGGGGAAGCAGCUGGGGAACUGCCUGGAGGGCAACUUCCUCUCCCAGGCGAAGUACGUCUCGAGGGCCCGGGACCAGUCCAGCAGCUUCUGGAGCAUGACCGUCUUGCGCAAGGACAUCUUUCGGUCGCGCUGGAAGCGCUUCUACAAGCGCUGCUACAGGCCUCGCACCAGGGGGAAAACGGUGGACCUCCCGCCGCCGCACGAGCAGGGGAAGCUGAACACCGACGGCGUGCCCGCGCCAUGGAAGCUGCGCGUGUCCGUGCAGGAUGCCGAGAUGCCGCCGGAAUCCCGGCGCCUCGCGUGGCAGUUGUACAGGAGCAAUUUCUACGACUACACGAGGGGGGAGCAGUGGUCGAAGAGCAACCAGUUGCAGCAGAUGCAGGCGCUAGGCGAUGCGCACGCGCUCAACCACGUGCUUCGGUGCCUUGAUCCAGGCAUCAGAAGACGAUGCGACUCUGGAUAUGGUCGCCCCGAGACGAUGGCAGAGUUCUCGCCCGACAGCGUGCCAGAGCACGUGUACAACGAGAUUGCGGAAAGGGCAAAGCAGGAGGGAGGGAAAGCCCAGGAGUUCUUGGACAACCUCCAGGGGAUGGCGGGGAUGAAGGAGGGCGGAUUCGAGACCUUCCCCGAGGCGCGCUUCUACGAGCUGUGCGAAGAGAACGAGACCCUCUGGCACGAAGUCGCGGUGAACGCCCGCGGGAGGCCCCUCGGCGACUGGCAGGGCCCGCGCGGCGCCGAGCAGCAGGGCGACGCGGCGAGGGGGCCCGACCGUGGGCACUUCCCGUACAUCGACGAACAGGCCGCUCUUGUCGACGAGCUCCGCCUGGACGAGGUUCUGCGGCUGCGCCACCGCCGCAGCGAGCGCCGGCAUCCGAAGUGGAUCGAGAAGGCUUACCAGGCCAAGCCGCGUCACGAGAAGUAUCUGCACCAGCGAGCAAUCAGCCUCGACGAGAUCAAGGAGAGGAUGGGGGUGCUCAAGCAGGGCAUCGCCGUUGA